AUGGUCUCUACACGUUUCAUCACUGUUGCCGCUGUGGCGCUGAUGCUCGCCGGCUCAGCACCGCAGAACGCGGGUGUCGCCCGUGCCGAUUGGAUCCAGGAUGCCACCUUGGGAGGACAGCGCGUGUUCCAGGCGGCUUUCGACACCUGGACCGAGAGCGACCUCCGCUCUUACCUGCUCGAGCGCGGCGUGAUUGCGCCCGGCAACACGCGCGAACAGCUGGCUGUGCUCGCAAAGCAGGACUUGAGCUCCUUGGCUUCUUCCGCCUACUCUGCCACCGGCUCUGCAUCCUCCGCUGCCGCAGCUGGAGCGAGCAGCAUCUACAACCUGGCGUCUUCCUACCAGUCUGUGGCUUCUGCUAGCGCUUCGAGCGCAUCGAAGGAAGCUUCGUCGGCUGCUUCGCGUAUGAGCAAGAAUGUUCCUACCGACGCGAGCUCUCUUUCAUACGAGAUCUCCAGCGCGGCUAGCGGUGUCAGCAAGAGCGCAUCCAGCUUGCUAGCUCAAGCAAGCCAAGGUGCUGAGGAUGGCGUGCACAACGGUGCUCAGUAUAUCUACGACUCGUGGGAUGACUCUCAGAUCAGAAGCUUCCUCGUCGAGAAGGGCGUUCUCAAGAGUCAUGCUGAGCUGCGUCGUGACGAAUUGAUCCAGACCGUCAAGGAUGGAUACCUUGCCACCACCAACGCGCCUUACGAGCUUUUCUCGACGGACUACCUCAAGCGAUGGGCCCAGAACCAAGGGUUGAUCCGUACGCCAGCUGAGCAGACUCGCGAUGAGCUCGUCUCGCUCGCCAAGGACUUUUACUACUCUCCCACCGAGACCAUCUUUGACUCUUGGAAGGAUUCUGAUCUCCGCCAGUACCUCAUUGACAACAACGUGAUCAAGUCGGACUACGAAGCUCGUCGGGAUGAGCUGGUUGGCAAGGUUCGAGACUCUUACACCGCCACUCAAGAUAGCCUGACAGGCCUUUGGAGCGACUCGGACUUGAGAUCCUUCCUCAUCUCUCAAGGGGUGAUCAAGUCUGAUUACGAGGCAAAGCGCGACGAGUUGUUGGCUCUUGCGACGGACAACAAAGCUUUCAACGAUCUGGUGGACACUUCGCGCGAGUACUACACCUGGUCGGACAAGCGCAUCAGGGGCUACUUGCGUUCCACUGGACUCUCCACGGAAAAGACGCCAGUCACUCGAGAGGGGCUGUUGAGAGAGUUGAGAGCUAGAUACCAUGCGGCUCACAAGGGCGUCUUUGGAGCGCUCAAGGAAGCGGCUAGAAACAUCUUUGGUGGUGUUCAGGAUGUCCACGGAAAAGCCGAACAGAACGCAAAGGUGGCUAGCGUGAGCGUGUCGAGCGCUGCGAGUGCAGCAUCGGCUGCUGCUAGCAGCGCAAGCGCUCAUGCUCGUGACGAGCUGUAA